UCGCUCCUAUUUAUACAUCGGAAAAUGAAAGGACAGCAAAAUCCGGAACAGAGCAUGUCACGGCGACACAAGCUCUGCUCUGAGAGGCCAUUUUAGCGGAGCGUUUACGCCCAAAUUUAGCAGAGCUUUUAGCGGCCAAAUAUUAUCUCUGAGGAGCCAUUGGUCAAGAGGUAUUGGGGCCAAAUCUGGAGGAGUUUCUAUAAGCGUUUUGAGCCCUUUCAGGAGAAGGGUUCAGAGGAGCUUUGGUAAGCUAUUUUGGCCCACCUGAGAGGAUUUUUUAGGGUUCUUUUUUUUUUUUUUCGUCAUAAGGGGCCAUUUCUGCCACCUUUGGAGGUGGUUUUGGUAGUGUUUCUCUUUUGCCACCUUUGGAGGUGGUUUUGGAAGUGUUUCUUCCCAGCAAAAUUUUGGGCAGAGUUUAGAGGCGUUUCUCAGAUGCAGAGCCCCGUUCUCUCCCACUCGCCGAGCUUUGGCAGAUGCCAAUCGGCUAGAUUUAGCACGAGCCCCACUAUCUUCAGAGAAGCAGAGGAGGAGGCAGCCUGUGCUCGACUAAGCGAUGACGAAGACUUUGAGUUCGCGGCCCCAAACUUUGAGUUCGCGGCCCUUGACUUUGAGCCCAAAUCUGCCGACGAGCUCUUCUUUAAUGGCCAAAUCAAACCGUUUUUUGGCAGGGAAAUUUCUCCAGCCAUCUUUCCGGCGACGGAAUCAUUGGAUUCCGGUGAAACUCAGAAGCCAGCUCGGUUCCCCUUGAGAGACCUCUUCUCUGAGGAGACCCGGGCCUCAUCGGUCUCUCAGGAGGAUCGGCCCUCGUCGGCAAAUGGUAUCAUCUCGCCUGAAAGUGAUGUCCCUGUGCAGGUGAGUAACAGCAAGGUGUCGGAAACUUCCGAUUUGGAGGGGCUCUCACCGGAAACUUAUUGCGUGUGGGCCCCACACAAGACCGGGAAGAGUAGCUCGGCUGGAUCUUCUAGAAGGUGGAGACUGAGGGAUUUGUUGCAUAGGAGCGGUAGUGAAGGGAGUAUUCCGGGGAAGGUUAAGCCAUUUGCCAGUGACGUUAAGGCGGUUUCCAGUGGAGGAAAGGCAAUCUGUGGCGAUAAGUGUGAACGGAAAGCGAAGGUCAAACCGGUUUCCAGUGAGACAAAUGGGGCUUCAGGUGAAACUGGAGCCGGGAAAGCGAAAGUCAAGCCGGUUUCUUGGGAGACGAAGGUGGUUUUCGGUAUGGUCAAGAAGGGCGAUUCAAAAGCGGUUUUGGGUGAACCAAAAGAGGUUUCAGGUGAGGGAAAGGUGGGUUUGAAUGGGGCUAAGGCGGUUUCCGGUGAACCCAAGGAAGUUUUUGGGGAUGGAAAGGUUGUUUCAGUGGAGCGGAAAGCCGUUUCAGGAGGGGUAAAAGCGGUUUCUGGUUUUGCGGUGUAUGAGAAUAGCGGUUUUGCGAAGAGGAAAUCUUAUUUGCCUUACAAGCAAGAGUUGGUGGGGUGCAUGGCUUUUCCCAACAUUAACGGUUUGAGCAGGACGCUUCAUCCUUUUGCAAGCUCAUGAUUUUCCCCUUUUUUUUUUAGGGGGGGUGAUUUUUUUUUGUUUUUGUUUUAUUGUUGGGUUUUUUCUUUAAUGGAAAAGGAAAUUGAUAUUCCUUUUUAGUUUUAUUUUUAAUUUGGAAUUGGGUGUGUUCCAUGUACAUAUUUGCUUGUGUAGAAAUGGUUUUGGACCUUGUUUGUGGUUGGGGCUAUUUUUUUGCUCCUUUUCUCUUAUCUAAAAAUCCCUUAUUUUUGGGGGAAUUCCUAUAUGUGUAAUUUAUUAGUCCUUUUUAAAAGUAUAUUUUUCUUA